GAGUCAGGACUAACUAUUACGACCACAUCAGUUUGCGCGCUCUGUGGCGUCGCGCUUCAUCUGGAACGUUCGUCGAAGAAAUCGAAACAGUUUGCUCUUGGAAAGAAAUUGAUCGAUGAUCAUAAUGGCGAGAUUACAUCGAAAAACUUUGUGCUAUUGAGGAUAACCCCGGGUGAAACGCGUUCUUCUUCCGUCACUAACUAUAAUAUCGACACGCAAAGGGAACAGAAAAACAUUUCAAAAAUUCAGUCGGUCGAUACUAGAGACGACUUAAGAUCAAAGUUAUUGUUCAUAAGACAAUUUUCUCCCGCGGAUCCCAUGUGUCCAAAAAAAUCUCAGCAAAGGUCGCAGACUCAAACGUUCUACCCACACACCUGUGAGUUACUUGUGACAAACAGAACUGAAAAUGAAGUCUCUAUUGGAAGGAAAGUCUGCGAUGACACACGGAAGGUCAUCGGGGAGGAAAAAAUGCAAAAGUUGAAGAAAGACACCGUAUGUCGUUCGACGAAGGUGGAUGAAGCAGCUAUUCGGAUAACGGAGAAAGUUACGCGGCAACAGCUGCAAACGCAAGUUAAGGAGUUGCAUAAAAAUAUUCGACACUUUCGAGAGGAAAACGCGUAUCUUCAAUAUCUCAUAGAGAAGUGUCACUUUCCUCCAUCUGAAAGAACGAAGGUUUCGAUGCAUUUGCUAUUGCCGAUCAGAGCUACGUACCGUGGUAUCGCAACGGCUAUUGAAUUCUUACGAGUUAAAUGUCGCAACGGAUUAAUAACCAUGUUAACUAAUGUGCUUCAACGAUUUGUCGAUAAAUAUCCAACAAAUCACUAACAAACUGUCAGCGCCA